CACACACACACACACACACACACACACACACAACAAAAGGAACUUUGAUUUUAAACAAUAAUGUCCUGCUCGCUUCAGUUGAUGUGUGUAACGCGUUAUACGGAGCAGAAGACAAACAGCAGCUGAGUGAGUCCCUGAUGAAGUGUGUGUGAGUGUGUGUGAUCCAGCAGAGCUCCCACCAGAAGCCAAACAGUCGCCCAAACACCGCUCAGACGCUGGCUGCGGGGGUCGUGCUAUGGUGUGUUCAGCGGUAUUCAGUGCAAUUCUCUGGAACCCGGUGUGUGUGUGUGUGUGUGUGUGUGUGUGUGUGUGUGUGUGUGUCUGUGUGUGUGUGUGUGUGUUUUCCCCUUACAGUAAAACAAAACCUGUUCAGUGUGAUGGAAACAGGCUCGCCCGCAGUCUCUCUCUCUCUCUCUCACACACACACACAGAUCUGAUGACGGAAUAUGCAAAUGUGAGCAGGUUUAUGAUCAUCACUGUGCGGGAGAAUGUGAGCUAUGCUGCAGCAGAUGAUCUUCAGGAUGAUCAGAGCACUUCUGGAGGACAGCUUCAGUCAUUCUGAGGAAUCCACUGAGGCUGAUCUGAGACCUGCGCUUAUCUGAUCUGCUCGGCGGAACAGCGUUAGUCAAAUAAGACCGGGACCCAGCGGGACUGAAGCACUGGACAGGGAUGACUGGAUGCCGCUGCAUGAAGCUGCUCACCGUGGACAGAAACACUGCCUUCAGGCUCUGCUGAGAGAGGGCCAGGUGUGUGUGGACAAGCGCACUCUUCAGGAGGAGACAGCGCUGAUGCUGGCGGUGCAGGCGCGGCAGCUGGAGUGUGUGCGGAUCCUUCUGGAAGCCGGAGCGGAUCCUGAUAUCUGCAACAAGAGCAAAGAGACGCCGCUCUAUAAGGCGUGUGAGCAGGAGUGUGUGCAGACGGUGGAGGUGUUGCUGCAGCGUGGCGCAGUGGUGGACCAGCGGUGUGUGCGUGGUCGCUCCGCUCUGCAUGCGGCUGCAGGACGAGGCUGUGUGCAGAUCUGUGCGUGUUUGCUGCGUGCCGGAGCCUCCAGAGACGCACGCUGCGCUCAACUCAACACACCCGCUGUAGAGGCUGCGCGACAUGGACACACAGACACUCUGGAGCUGCUCAUGCGGAAUGGAGCCGCGGUGGAUCUGCAGACGUGUGACGGACACACAGCUUUAAUGGAGGCCUGCAGACACGGACACACAGAUGCAGUGCGAGUACUGCUCAAACACCACGCAGACACACAUCGCGCCUCUGCUGACGGACUGCUGCCGCUGCACAUGGCCAGUCAACACGGACACCACCAGAUCGUGUCUAUACUGCUGCCGAUCACCAGCCGCUGGAGGCUCCGUCAGAGCGGGAUCUCCCCUCUGCAUCUGGCGGCGGAGCAGGGUCACCUGCGGGUUCUGGAGCUGCUGAUCGGCUCGGGCUGUGAUGUGAACAGCAGGCUGUCAGACGAGCGCUCCGCUGUGUUUGCGGACCGCCGGGUGUCUCCGCUGUACUGCGCAGUGGCCGCCGGGAGGACAGAAGCGGCCGCCGCACUGCUGCGUGCCGGAGCGGACCCCGAGCUGGACCCCUUCAGCCCGCUGCUGCUGGCGGCCCGGCAGGCCUGUGUACGCACAGUGGAGCUGCUGCUGCGGAGCGGAGCGCACGCUAACACACACCCGCCCGCACACAACACCACAUUCCCUGCGGCACUGCUGCACACACACCAGCUGGAGGUGCUGCGGGAGCUGCUGGAGCACGGCUGCGACGCACACGCCUGCUUCACCUGCAGAACACACUCGCAGGAGGAGGACACACUCGCAGAACACACACCACACACCGCCAAGAUCACGUUCUGUGAGUGGCUCUGCUCGUCCCGCUCUGCUCCCUCUGCUGGCCGUCUGGUGGAUCUGCUGCUGGAUUAUGUAGGGAAUGUUCAGCUCUGCGGCCGGAUCUCCAGCCUGCUCCGGGACACAGCGCAGUGGCCCAGCAUAGAGGAGAAGACCUCGUCUCCUCGAGCCCUGAUGCACCUCUGUCGGCUGCAGAUCCGUCAUCAGCUCGGCACACACAGACUCAGCACCAUCCGCUCGCUGCCACUGCCUGAACGCAUGCAGAGAUAUCUGACAUCCAGAGCCUCCGACACACACACACACACACCUCUGAGGCGGUGUGUGUUUAGACCAGAGGACCAUCAUCAUCGGUGAAGACACUGCUAUAAACACACUCCUGAACUCAAGAGAAGCAGACUCAGUAACAGCAGGUGCGUGGGCUGUCUCUUUAAAUACUGAAGCUCUGAUUGGGUUUGUUCAUAUCUGACAACCCAACACUAUUAGUGCAUUAAAGCAACUUUAACACCAACAGCCAAUCAGAAUCCCUCCUGCUCAUCAGAGCUUUAGAAUUUAAAGAGACAGACAGCAGAAUAACACAGUGAUGUGGACACUAAUACAGUGAUCAAUACCAUGAUCAAUACCAUGAUCAUUCCUGUGGGGAACAGACCCUCAACACUGAUUCACUAAUGCUGGAUAUUUACAAACGGGUGCUCGUCAGAGUUUUGUGUGAUUUCCUUUAUUUAUAACAUUAAUUUAUGAUCUUGAACACUUUUAGGUAUUCCUCCUGUGUGUGUGUGUGUGUGUGUGUGUGUGUGUGUGUGUGUGUGUGAUGAUGUGCAAAUACACUGAGAAUAAAGCAGUGUGUCCUUCAGUGA